AUGUUUUUAUGCAACACGAGUGCCAUCAAGGACUGGAGCUAUUUUCUCUCUCAGAUUCUGCCUCUGAUGAAUAAAACAACAGGCUUGGUCAGCAUCGACAAAGCGGAGGCUGUGACGACUGUCACUGUGGUUACGGCUCUGCAGCCGGACAGCGCCAUGAGCGCGAGUAACCCGCCUCUCAACUCCAACCAUACCUCGGGCAUGGAACAUGUCUUUCAGUACUCUUACUCGGAGAGUGACCUGCUCUACACGGACUACCGGACACCUGUGCGAGACUCCAUCCCGCUGCCCAAAGCGGUUCUCUACCUGGUCAUGGCAGCGCUCGUGGUGGUGGCGGUGGCGUACGCGAUAGUUGGACACCUGGUCAAAGACGUGGUGAAUGACUUUGUCGGUGGAGGCAGGUCGAUUGUGACUGAAGGUGACGGCGGUGAAACCGGUGAACCAGACUGGGUGUUUGGGUCCCGUCGAGCCACCAACCCCAACAAGACAGAGAUAAACUGCAUCAGCAACAACAUGAACGAGAUGAGGGAGAUGAGCGAGCUGUGCGAGCAGCCGCGGCUGGUCGAAAUGAGCCACAUCUCCCUGAACCACCACACUAACUGCCUGAGCUCCAGCAGACCGGAGGAGGUGGUGGUCACCAUAGACGAGACGUUACAGCAGCGACCUCCGGACACUCACUCCGGGACUUAACCGUGACCUUCCAACCUUCCCUGAGAGAAAAAUAAAGCAGCGUAUUUGCUUGCAUUUCUUGUUCGAGUGGAUUUACAAGUCUGUCAUGAAUCGAAGCUCUAUCCACUGUUUCAUCACCUGUGCAGGUGGGCUGUAAUACCUGUGUUAUGUUGGGGCCUAAAGGGACUUUGAUCUGUGAAGCUGUGCUGGGACACUGGAGGCAUCGUCAGGUGCUGAUGUUUGUCUCUGAUUGGAUUCCUUUCUGUGGUGAAGACUGUCGAGGACAGCUGCAGCUUUUUCUGGACCAGCAGUCAGAGGAAAAAGUUUGUUUAUUUUUCUUAUUAUUUUUGUCCUCAUCGUACCGACCCCCUUUAGCUUUACUGUGAAAAUACCACUGUUAAUGUAACGCACAGCACGUAAUCACUCUAAAUAUACAGUACAUGUUGGUCAGUUAUUGUAAUACUGCUCAGCUUCACACAAAAAAAUAACAUCAACAUUUCUUUCUGGUUUUCCUUGAUGCUGUGAGACACUUUUUGUAAUUAUCGUAAAAUUUAUAUCAAGCACCUGAAGUGACACAGGUAAUAUAAAUGUUAACACGAGAUCCUUUUAUGUGUAAUGAUGCUGUAAUCACUGGGGAUAAAAAAAACAUUUCACUACAUGGUGAUAAAAUAGAAAUAUUUUGUAGUUUCAUGUUAUUAGCUUGAUGUGAACAAGUGCUAAAUCACCUUUAAGAGCUCCGGUUAUUCCUGACUGCAAAAAAAUCUAAUAUAAAAGUAUCAAAGCCAUCGUUCUUAUCUUUAAAAAAAAAAAAGAUUAUAAUUUGAAGCUACAGUGAUGGUUGCUUGGUCCUUUUUUUAGUAGUCAAUAUUUAAUGUGAACCGGCUCGUGUCGAAGCCUUUGUUUACCUUUGUUACCUCACUGUUAAGGGCUACGUAAUGCUGCUGUGACACCACUGAAAGCUACAACCAAUGGGGCUUAUUUAUUUUUUCCCUGUGCAUGCUGGGAUCAUUAUACUCCGCACGCACGGGAAGAUGUGCCAAACUGCAGAGAAUAAAUAUUACACUCUUUAAGGCAACUGGAAAUAGAACCACAACAGAGGAAAUAAGAUUUAGCUGUUGUACACUCUCAUAUAUUUUGGAUGAAAUAUGGGUAACGUCGCACUUUAAGGUGCUGGUUUUAAGGGCAAUUUGAUAAAAUGGUGUUAAAGUCCUCUGCAGUGAUCAUUUCCCAGGUGUUAAGUGUAAAAGCCCAAAAUCUGAACCUUGAAAAAAGAUCAUUUAUUUCACUGUCAAUCACUGUUUUCCUUUCAAGUCAUCUAAUAAAUGCUCUUGGGCAAAAGUCUUA